UAUCUGGCAGAUGGAAAUUGGGCUGGUACCGUAGCCCACGCCAACCCAUCUCGCUGUGGAAGCUGAAGCUCACCACCCGCUCGGCGAAAUGCCGAAGCGGAGCCGCGAGAACUGUGGGGCACUGGCGGUGGCGGGCAACGACGACCGCCUCGGUUCCCUCCCCGACGACGCCCUCCUACACGUGUUGUCGCUGCUGCCCUCGGAGGACGCUGCGCGGACCUGCGUGCUGGCCCGGCGCUGGCGCCACCUGUGGCGGUUCACGGCCGCGCUGCGCAUCGCCCGCGACGACGACAAGCGGUGGAGCGUCCGGUGGCUGCACAGGUUCGUCACCAACUUGCUGCGCCUCCGCGACAGCCUCUCGCCGCUGGACGUGUGCGACAUCUUUUGCCGCCCGUUCGUGUGGUACCGGGGCGGCCACGCUGCGCAGGCGCUCUGCUUCAAGGUUGCGGAGGAAUGGGUCCGCCGCGUAGUGUCGGAGUACCGAGCUCGGGUGCUGAAGCAUCUGACUAGGGUGGAACUAGGCGAAGUGGAAUUGGGAAGCAGAAUUCUAGAUCUAUCAGACUGCCUUGCACUGGAGCAUCUAGAGCUGAUAUCUUGCAGAAUCCAGGGCGAGAGGAUGUUGUUUCCAUCAGUCAAACAUCUUAGAAUCACUAACUCCAGUUUCUGCAUUAUCCCUCGCAGUAGCAUUUCUGAGAAUUGGGGCUUUACUCCUGUGCUUGAGAGCAUGCCGUCACUGGCAAAAGCAUUUGUCCAGUUUGAUGACGAAUGCUGUGAUAAGUGCCCUAUAGAAAUUAUUAUGGGGAUUGUGGUGUUGAAGACUGUGAUGGAUGCUAUGGGAAUCUCUAUAAUGAGGAUGACAAAGACAAUGAGUGUGUCCUUCUUGGGGGUUUGUCAGACACAACGAAUCUGGAGUUGAUAGGUCUACCUGAAGUGUUUGUCUGCAGAAAGGAUUUUAAAUGGAGCCCUAUAUUUAGAAAGUUGAAAACAUUGUUGCUCAAUGAGUUCAGUUUACUAAUUUACUUUCUCCAACGUUCACCAAUUCUAGAGAAGAUUACUCUUCAACUGUCCAAGAUGCCAGAACCUUUUGUUAAAGCAAAUGGAUGCCACAGCCCAAGGGAAGGAUCCAUGGUAUCUAAAUGCCUCAAAGCAAUUGAAGUCAAAUAUCAGGACGAUGGAGUGCUUGAUAAAGUUUUAACGAUCUUAAAUACCUAUGGUGUAUCUUCUCAGGUGGUUUCCAUCCAAAAGAAGGUUUCUUUAUCUUCUGAAAAAUUCAGUUUUGAGCAGAAGGAUUAAGACUGAUGCCACUGACAUCUCUACUGUUUCCUAGUUAUUCUGAAAUUUGUCAUAAAAUUUGCAGCAAUGGCAUUGCUGGCUUUUGUCUAAUUCUUAGCUCAAUCAUGUUUCCCGAAUUCAGGGGUAGCUUCUAUGACUGUAGCUAGACUUGGAUCAAUUGCACUUCGCAUGAUGUAUACAUUUGAAUGCAUCGUCUUGACUUCCAACUGGUUUCAUUCUGGAUGCACAUACAUUUGAAAUUUUGAAUGCAUGAGUCCAAACUUUCAACUGGUUUCAUUCUGGAUGCACUUUUUCUAUCGUUGUGUACCUAGUAUAACUUCCUGAUGAAUAUGCUUGCUUCAUUCAAGGUCAUACAUUCAGGAUUAGUUUCCCCUGUUUUCUUGUACCCAUAAGUGUAAAGAAUGCACGCUUUUCCACACUUUGAGUGGCAGGUUUGGGUGAUUUGAGAUUCCAGCAAUUCCUGAAAACCAUGGCAUGGUUGCCGUAUUUGUUACUGUGAAACAGCAAUGUUUGGCUCGAACUACGCAUAUAGAGCUAUUUGAUGAUGAGCAUCCUUCACCAGCUACUCUAAGGCUGCAUGGGUCCAUUGCAUUCUGUUUACUGCUAGAAAUCUAAUCUAAAGUCACAUAAAGCAUUUGUGAUAUAUAUAGUUGGCAGUCCAUUUUUUUAUCAAGCCCAGGUGAGUUCUAGGACUCAUCAAACUUGUAUGUUCGUUUGGCUGAUAAGCCAUGACAGAAAGUACUAUUGGCUGA